AUGAAGCCUCCAAUGAUGAAUUGCGAGCUGAUCUGGAGUUGUCAUGGCGAAGCUUCAUCAGUGGGCGGUCAAAUAUGGACUUCUGGGAAUAUGAAUACAACACACACGGCAAGUGCUCCGACCACAAGUUUUCGCAGACGCAAUACUUCGACCGUGCCAGGAGUUUGUGGAAGCAAUACAAAGCUCAUACUCUAUUUUCUAAUCGCUCGGUUGAACCAGGCAAGUCAUAUAGUUUUACUGACCUUGAACAAGCCAUCCGAUAAUUUAUAG